AGCUCCCGGGAAGGGAGCCAUGAUGCACCGGGAAGCAAGGAAGUGAAUAUAAAGAGCAAGGCUGGCAAACACUACUCAGCAGAGAGACAACAACACCAAAUGCAUCCAGGCGGUAGACUUAGAGAAAAGAAACUGAAAAAAAAAUGGAUUCAGUAUUUUGUUUCUUUAGGAAGAAAAAAUAUUUUCCUCUGCCCCAAGCCUGCAGACUUGCUGUGAAAAUUAAGAAGAAACCGCGCUCUCCGGCAGGGGCUCACGCACGGCCCCGGGAAGUGUGAGGCGGCUUCUGGACACACAAGUGGGGCUUUUGCAGGAGCCCGGGGCUGUUGCUGAGGCGCAGGCGGAUGGGCCGGGGCAGAUGGGGCAGAGCCUGCGGAGCAACGCCGUGCUUCGGUUUCAGGGCCGGCUCGGCAGCGCUGCCCUUGGCUGGCUGCACUCUUGUCCCGUCAGCGCCGCUGCCCGCCGUGAACUUUCUCCCCGGUGAGUCACUCGCCCCGCCCGGCACCAAGGUCUCCUGCCCCGGCCCGCCAGCGCCAUGGCAGUGGGGACCCCCGCAACCGCCCUCCCCGCGUCGCAGCGCCUCCGCGCGCUGUUCUACGCCCUGCAGCCCAGCGAGUCCUCCUUCCGCAGCCUGCGCGAGGUGCCCAGCUACGUGGACCAGGUUGUUCCACUGUUCAUUGUCUUUAUUCUUCUGGAGCUUGUUGUCAGCAGUAUUCGAAGGCACAAGCCGUCCUAUCGGAUCAAUGAUGCUAUAAGUUCUCUCUCUGCGGGUAUCCUGUCUCAACUUCCUGAGGCUGUUUGCAGAGGUUUUGAGUUAACUGGUUAUGUCUACAUAUGGGAAAACUACAGAAUCUGUGAACUGCCAUGGGACUCAUCAUGGACAUGGUAUUUGACACUACUGGGAGUAGACUUUACAUAUUACUGGUUCCAUCGCCUGGCUCACGAGGUGAAUAUAUUAUGGGCAACACACCAAACACAUCAUAGUUCUGAAGAUUACAACUUAUCCACAGCACUGAGACAAUCUGCAGUGCAGAAAUAUAUUUCUUGGGUGUUCUACUUGCCUAUGGCUCUUAUUAUUCCUCCAUCAGUAUGUGCUGUUCAUCUACAGUUUAAUCUUCUUUAUCAGUUUUGGAUUCAUACAGAGACAGUCUAUGCCAAGUUAUUUACUUUUUUUAAGGUAAUUGACAACCUUGGACCUCUGGAGUGGAUUCUUAAUACACCCAGUCAUCACAGAGUUCAUCAUGGGAGAAAUCCUUACUGUAUUGAUAAAAAUUAUGGUGGCACCCUCAUUAUCUGGGAUAGAAUUUUUGGAACAUUUGAGGCAGAGAAAGAAAAAGUUAUAUAUGGCCUAACGCACCCUAUAAAUACUUUUGAACCCUUCAAGGUCCAGUUGCAUCACUUGACCUAUAUAUGGAGCGUAUUUUGGGCCACACCUGGUUUCUCCAAUAAGCUGUCUGUCAUAUUCAAAGGGCCAGGCUGGGGACCAGGAAAACCAAGACUUGGCCUUCCUGAGGAAAUCCCAGUGAUCACUGGAAAAGAGGUUCCCUUCAACCCAAAAUUGCCAGUUCAUCUUUGUGUCUAUGCAGUCAUACAUUUUGCCUUGAUUGUGACAUUGUAUAUUGACCUCUUUGCUGCUGCAGCUACAUUAUCGCAAGUAACAGUUCUCCUGAGGAUUGGCUAUAUUAUCCUAACAUUGACCGCCAUUGGAUUGCUUAUGGACAAAAGACCUGAAGCAGCUAGAUGGGAAACUGUCCGUUGCACAGUUUUUCUAGCUCUGCAGAAACUUGGUUAUAUAAAAACUUAUCCAUCCUUGAUGUUUGCUUAUGAGGUUUUAUUUUCUCUCUGCAUUGUGUUCUGGGGAGUGCAAAUUAUGAAGAAGCUGACCUCAAGCACAGCUAAGCAGCUUUAAAAGAGCAAAUGCAACAGCACUCUAAUUAUGGAAAGAGCACUUGGAAUAUGCUUUGAAGUUCCUUGGAAGAAGUUAACUGCUGCUUACAGUAAAACAAUGAUUUUUCAUAAGCUAGGUAGGGUUCAUGAUUUUUAAAUGAAGUUUUAAAAGAUGCAUUAAAAGGACCAUAUACCAUAUGUUUUUAUUUGAUUUUUAAUAUAUAAUUUCCCCCAAAUUUAAAUGAAAGUUUCUUUUAUUUUCUUCCCAUGCUUUCACAGCAUAUUUUUUCACAUUCAAGGGAUCACAACACUCUUUUAAAAAGCCUGUAAAAUAAUAGCCUUUUAUAAUCACUUUAUUAGUAUGUAACCAUAUGUAAAAAGUAUUCUUCAAUAGAAGUAAUUAAAAUCAUAUCUGUUACUACCUGGUAUAAAGUAUCUGCCUGUCUCACCAUAGAGGCCAAAUCUGAAAUUAUGUGAAUAUAAAUUUUUCCAUAAUGCGUAAAUUAUAGUAGAAUCUCAAUGGCAUGCCCAAUUGUAUGUUCAUAACAUAUAGCUACAUAGGGAUGAAUAGUUGAGACAGGAAAUAAUUAAAAACAGCAUGAUAAAAUAACUCAAACUAGUAUGAGCUGAAAUGUCUUCAAUAAAACUGGCUGAUAUAUGUGGUGUAUAACUUGGGCUUGCAACUUGAAUUAAACUGCUUAGGAAAUAUA